UUUGCCUCAUCCUGUUUUUUCACAUGGACAGCUAUAUGUUGCUUUAUCAAGGGUCAGAACAUCAAGUUCAAUAAAAUUCUUAAUUCGACCGCCAGUUGCUGAUAUGGAUUCAACAUGUGAAACAAGAAAUGUUGUGUACACUGAAAUUUUGCAUGCGGCGACAUGAUGAUAAAUCUGGGUACUUUGUAGAAGGCAGGUAUUUAUAGGGGUGUACUCUUUUUUGGGGUAGUCUUAGUUUGAAAUAGAGAUUAGGAUAGAAUUAGUUAAACAUUUAGGAUCAUAUAAUAUUGAAUUCCAAUUAGUUAAGAUUAUGAUCUAACUGUUAUUGCUUGUUUUGUAAUUCAAAUGCUUUUGUUACUUACUGCCAUGAUCCAAUUAGGUUGUCAAGAAAUGGAAGAGCGUUUGAUUCCAAUGAAUGAGAUUCUCCCAGGAACGAAGGAAUGGAAAUGCAAGGUGAGAGUGAUCAAGAAGCAAGAACCUAAGCAAGCUAACAAUAAUCCUAAUAAAUUUCAGAAAUUAAUCUUGGGUGAUGGCUUGGGCCACACUCUUGAUGCCGUGAUAUUCCAUGAUAAUAUAGAUAGGUUCAAACAUGUGCUUCAAGAGGGUAAUGUUUACAUGGUGAAAGGAGCCUAUGUUUCUGAUCCAAAGCAAUACAGGAAUCCAAUUGUGACAUGUAAUUACCAAUGGACGUUCAGAAAAGAUACUUCGGUGAAUGAAGAACCAAAUGAUUCGAUACCUGCUGGUGGACUAAGUUUUAGAGCAACUCCAAGUUGCGAGUUCCACAAAUUCCUCUCAACAAAGACAUUGAUCAAUACUGCUUGUGUCAUUAUUGGUACCCAUGAACCUCGGGUUGUCACAGUCAAAGGACAGGGUAAAGUCAUUCGUGAGUAUGCUGCCAUUGAUACAGAGCUGGAAACGUUUGUGGUGACAUUUUGGGAAACUUCUGUAUCCGAUGAGAUCUAUGCUAAAUUGGAACCUAUUUCGAAUAGGACACCGUUGCUGUUGUUGAUUUUUUCAGUCGUGCCAUAUUACGGAUUGAGUCUGACCACCAAUGCUCAGUCAAUUGUCUUGGAUAGCUCUGAGAAUGAAAUGCUAAUUGAACUAGAGAGAUGGAAGCAAGAGAAUGAAGAGGCCAUCAACAUGUUAGUACAAACUGGUGGUUUUUUUGAAAAUAAAGUGUUGCGCUCACCUAAGCAACCCCUGCAGAUUACUAAAGUGGAACAAAUGUUGCAGAAUCAAGAGGUGACUUACUUUAUAUUGUACUUGCACAAGUAACGUGAUUUUAACAUUUUUUUUUAAUUUCUUUUCCAGAAUACAUACUUUAAUGUAAAAGUUAAAGCAAGAUUGGAAAAUGAAUACCAAGACUACUUUUACAUUGGUUGUCCAAUAUGU